UUAUAAGUACGGUAUAAUCAGCACUUCAGCACAUGAAACAGAGUUUGAUUAUUUGCUUAGGCGUGAAUAACAGGACUUUCCUACAAUGGGUUGGUGUGGUUUCUUUGUCAUCAGUAGAUCAAAUAGUAACUGUUUAACUCAUGAGAGGUAUGACCAAUAAUGACACAACGAAGCCAAGUGAGCAAGGGGAACCAUAAACAUAAUUAGACAAGUAAGGAGGUCAAAGUAGGAUUUAUGAAUUCUCCUUCUCAACCCCGGUAUAACACCUCUCUAUUCAUUAACCCGUGAGAAAAACUUUGCUCCCAUUUGCGGCACCUGUGGUCACAUGACCACUGAACUGUUUAAAAGGAGGCAGGCGGACUAAGGGAAAGCACACACUGAGCUGAGCACUCGCUGAGCACAACAACUACAGUAAGAGACAAAGACGCUGCAAGACAAACUUGUCAACUGUAACCAUGAAGGCCGCACUCGCAACCAUCGCUGUCCUCGUCCUGGCUCUUGGCUGGACCUCUGAAGCCGUGCAGGUUGAAGAGAAUGGAUUGUCUUUCUCCCUGGAAGCCGUCAAGAGGCUUCAGGAGCUGUCAGGAGGCAAUGUUGCAAGCGAGCAGCAGAGCCCCCGUCUCAGAGCGAGCACCGUGUCCCUGUGUGCCGACCCCAUGCUCCCUCAGGAGUUCCUGCCACUCUGCAGACAGAGAGGAGCGUCUGCAUCCCUCGCCAGACUAGCUGCAGUUCCCAUGGACGUCUGUGAAAUCUGCGCCUUCGCCGCCUGCACUGGCUGCUAAAGAAACCCAGCAUUGCCAGAAACAUCUUGCCCAGCUUAAGACUUGUGAUUUUUUUCUCCUUCCCCUAAAAACUGUUUCAGGGAACUUCAACAACCUUUGCCAGCAACGAUGAGUGUAUGACUUUGUCCUCCCUGAAUACAGAGGUUCUGACUCUGGCCCGCUAGACAAAAGAAAUAAGCCCCCAAAUUAAAAUAAUCAGACAAACUGAGGUAUAUUUUUGAAAACUGUUACUUUGUCGAAUACUAACCACUUUGACAGUUCUUUAUCAUACAUUUUAUUUUUGGAUUUCAUAUUCUUUGUUACAUUUCUGUCUUACCAAGCUUUGUAUAUGUAUUUAAAAAGUUUCUUUUUCCUUUUUUAUUAACAUUGUUUUGAAUAAAAAGCUUUCAUUGAGA